GAGAUAUUGGCCAGGACCCGCCUACCUUUGACUUUAAUUAGAGCAGUAAUCACCAAGGUAAACAAAUGUCGUUUAAUGGCAGAUUAAAGGAAUAAAACAUGUCUGUAUUGGAGAUCUACAUCAGCUGGGUCAACUCCGUGCUGGCGGAGACCGGGGGGCGUGUCGAUGGGGUGGAGGCCGUACAGGAGGGGCGUGUCUUGUGUGAGCUGAUUGACAUCCUCGCUCCCACCGCCUGCCUGGUCAGCAAGGUCAAGUGCUCAGGGGAUUGCACUCCUCUUGCUUACAUUAAUGCAGCCUUGGAGCACAUGCAGAAACAUGGAGUUAGGAUCAAGUUUCCCGCUCAAGAUAUAAUAAACAACGAGAUCAAAUCUAUGCUGGAUGUUUUAUGGAUUCUCAUACUGAACUAUGGGAUCCAUAAUAUAGGUCAAAACGCUUUCCAGCGUAGUGUGGGGACGGGGAAGAAACAUUUGUUGGAGUGGUGUAGGGAACAGCUUGGUGCGUCAUUUGAUCCAGGGAGAUCACUCACUGAAAACUUAUGUAAAGACGACCGGUUCAUCCAACUUUUAGAACGUGUGGCAGGUAACAACAGACACAGGAGAGAUGACAAAACUGAAUACAUCGACAGUUUGUUGAGUGAAAUUCAAGAUCGGUACAAGAUUGUUAAAGACAUUAUCAAGGCCUGUGAUAUUGUUGAUGGAAUUGUUGAUGAGCACACGCUGAUGAUUUAUUUAUCUUUGUUGAAGAGAAGGUAUUCCAACAAGGAUCUGGUUUCAAGCACCGUCAGCUACAGAACUGCUGCUGAUGCCAGAUCCAAGUUUGCUGAAAAACACGACCGUCCAGUGACCAGUGAGAGCCGGGGAUCCAGGUCUGACGAGGGAGGGUCUGGCCCCACCCCCCACAGGGGCAGGAACCUGUACUCUCACGUCGCUGCAGACGAUAACGAAACAUCCGAGUGGUCGUCGACUGGGUCGUUGAACUCUUACCGUCCAACUUCUCACCAGAGCUCAUCAUUACAGGUGGACUCUAUGGAGGACGAUACGCUGUAUGAGACGAUACGAGAGAGGGUCAUAGAACAUAUACCGCCCUCAGAGACAGAUAGGAGACGCCCCUCUAGUGAGAAGGAGACAGACACACGUUCAGAACGUGCGCAUGGCCCCGUAAAUAGAGAAGGGAUGAGUUCAAAACCCAGGUUGUCGCCUACACAGCUACACAGCUCAGAUCGAGGCAGCAGAUCUUCAACCCCCGACCCCCACAGAUCAUCAACCCCCGACCCCCUCAGCCACGAGGAACCCUCAGCGAGCUGGACCAGUAAGACGAGGACGGGCCCUCCACACGGACGCCAUGGCAGUCGCGACCAUGCUGAUGGUCGCGGUAAAAAAGACGACGCCACCACCAUAAGGAUCAGACGCCCUAAAGAUCACAUCCUCCAGUGGGAGGAGACCAUGGACCGUCUGUCCAGUGUCUCCGUCCUUGACCCAGCUGGCUCGCCCCUGACGCCCCUGAUCAGCGGCUACACAUCAUCUUUCCCAACUAGGUCACGCUCUGUUGACGAAGGUAAACUGAGACACAGGUACUCCAGUCCCACAACCCAAGGUCUAGGUCCAUCGUCUCGAAGUAAGUCUGCCAGUGAGUUGCCUAAAAUUAGAAUGCACGUGACGUCACCUGGGCGCAUCACGCUCAGAGAGCUGGAGUCUGCGCUGCAGAAGUUGCCUGCUGACCUUCGAGACGAUGCCAAGGUCGCGUCUGAUUUCUUUCUCCAGCACCCGGGAGCCGGGGUCAGUGCACUUAUUGACGUCAUCAAAAACAUAAAGGUAGACCCACGGCUAGCUCCGCAAGUGGACAGGUCCUACAGUCCAUCUAGCUACGACCUGGAUGAAACAAGCGUUAAAAGACCGUCAUCUGCCGAGCCCCGUCAGGUCGGCAGACAUCGGAGCACCUCAGAGAAUCGGCAGUCUCCGUCUGUCUCAGCCCGAACUCAAUCCCUGUCUCCCCAGAGAAGGAGCGUCUUGUCAUCAGGACUUGCUGCAGAUGGCGAGCGAGGGUCGGACACGAUGCUGUCAGUCGCUCCACGGUCGAUUUCCCCAGACCAGUGGACGGAAAGAAAGGAAAUAGACUUCAGAGGAGUCAGGGAUGUAACGUUGUCAAAUAUAGAUUACACGGAUAGGCCAGUCCAUGAUACAGAAUGGAGACAUCACAGGGAGCUGUCACCCCCAAGAGGUGGUGGGGUGGGUAGAGUACCGCGGCGUGAGGCAUGGGAGGUGCAGAGAAAGGUGAGAGAGAAUUCCGUCGAUUCCAGCCUGCAGCCCGGCUACAACCAGCUGCAGCCCGGCUACAUCCAGCUCCUGGGCCAGGAGAUUCAGGACCUGAAGCUCAAGCUGGAGCUGAUGGAGAAAGAUGAGGCCAGUAGGAGCAGCUGGAGCAGGUCUGGGAGAUCUCACAGAGAUAGCGUCACUGGUGGUGGCCACAGUCUCAGUCUAUAUCCUCCACAACUAAGCCGAGAACGUGCCUCAUCCUGUCCCCUGUUGAAAGUGAGCGGCACAUCGCCCUUGCUGAGGUCACCAAGAGUGAGUACACCUAGCACAGAUCACGUGCACCAGCCACGUCCUCACCUGGACAGUCUGAGCAGACGGGACGACGGUGUGGACUACAGCAGCAGGUACGUUCUCCCACCUGACAUCUGGGCUACCAGCCUGGACACGGCCAGCCACCUGACGUCAGAGUACCAGACCAGGUGGCAGCAGCUGAUUGGUCAGCGCCACCUGACGGACAGCCAGGUGAUCGAGCUGAAGCAAGCGCUGGCCAGCGUCGUGGCUGAGAACGACAUUCUUCUGGCCAAGUUGUCCAACGCCAGACAGGAGGUCCACGACAAGCUGACCCACACCAACGGCGUGCUGGAGGACUGUAGACAGCACCUGGCCAAGGCCCAGGUGGACAACAUGGAGUACCGCUCUCAGCUGGAGCAGGAGAGAGCCGUCAGCUCCCGGCUGGAGGCUCGAGUACAGGAGCUGGAGAAGGCAUUGGCAGAGAUAAAAUGUUACAAACAACAGCUGGAAAAAGAACUUGACGACACUGUGAGUCAGAUGGACCAAUCAAUGGCCGAGACUGGACCGGAUAUGGACUCGCUACUUGACGAAAACUCACAUCUCAUCUCCAGGCUAGCCCAUGUGGAAAACGAAAAUGAUUUUCUUAAAGAAGACUUCCAAAAGCUGAAACAAAGCCACACCAAGGCGAUGAAUACAAUCGAAGACCUCCGGGAUUGUCUGGAGAAGAUCAGAAAGGAACGACAGGAUCUGUUUGACGAGGUUACGUCCCUUCAGAGGCGCGAGCAGACGGCUAGAGUUCGCGAGAUCAUCAGCAGCUACCAGGAGAAGGGCGCACUGGACGAGAGCGAGAGGGAGAGACAGAGGCAAGAGCAAACCGACUCAGACGAGGGCAUCUUCUCUGAGUCCCAGGCCAGUUCAACCGCCUCUCUUAGUGCCAGACAUUCGGCAAGGUCAGCCAGAAGGUCAUCAAACCAGUCUCCCCACGAGAGAUCGAGCUCCCCCACAGCCAGAAAAAGGUCAUCUAGUCAGCAGCGAUACAACACCCAUGAUGACCUUUCACCUACCAGGUCACGUGAGAUCUACCCCCACAGAAGGAGCUACUCCCCCCAGAACAGAAGUGUCAGCCCUGCCCAGGUCCAGAGGAGCAGCCGGCCCUACGUGGACGAGUACUUCAUCAACAAGACCCUGGAGGAAAUAGAGGACGACAUACAACAAGAAAAGCAAAAACUGUUUGAGAACUUGGCGGUGCAGCCCAAAAAGAUCAGAUUUUCCUCUGAACAUUCUAGGAACGAGCACAGCACCGCUGACCAAUAUUUUAGAGCCAUUUCAGAGCACAAGAGACGCCAGUCUCCGGACAGGCUGAACCAGCAGCUCAAGAAGUCCCAACCAUCCACACAGGCCAGGCGCUCUGACCAUUCUAAAGAUGACCAUCACCGCAGGCGUCACCAGAGUCCCAGCCCGGGUCAAAGGUCACCCAGGCCAAGUAUUCUCAAAAGCAGCGACACGUUUAACCAGAGUAGCACAGUACCUUCGAGAAGCCCAAGUCCCGCUUUGAGGAAAAAUAGAAGUAUAAAUACUGAUAGAGAGAGCCACACGUCACCAGCCAGUUGCCCGUCAGAUUCAGUCAACUCCAGAUCUCGCCGUACGAAAGAUGGAGCAGGAGAUUUCGCACGAUGUUUACAAGGUGAAUCUGAGGACAAGCUACUCCAAACUUUGUCCAACUCUCCAAUUUUAAAAAACAAAUCGUGGUAUGAAAUACAAAGAAUAAUUUCAUCAUUUCAUAAGCGGUUAAGUGACUCAGAUGACUGUGACACUGAACAUUAUUCCAGCCUGGACAGUCAGUCCUGUUGUGACAAUGUCCGGUUCUGGAACAAAGCUCCUCUACUAACAGAUGAACAGAGAAGAUAUGCUGACCAACUGGUACAGAAAUACACAGGGGCUCUGCCUUCAUGAUUGUUUAAACUAGGUCUCAUAUUUUAGUGGUGUUUAAUCGUAAAAGUAAUUUUAACUUUACGCCUCUCGGGGCAUAAUGUUAUUUAAUCAUUAAGAAUGUUUAAUUGAUAAUUUAUUAAUUUUUUUUUCUUUCAUUAUCUAUUACAAUGGAAAAAACUUUAAGAACUUAUACUGUUACUUCAAAUAAUAUUUCAAAAGUAUGUGAUUUUUAAAAUAUUUAUUUUGUAGCUUUUGCUAGAAGAUCUGAAAAAAAAAACAUUUUAUCAGUUUAUUGCUUUUUAUUUUUUGUAUAUAGAAAACUAUAUUCAGCAGUAAAAUUAUUCCCUAGUAAUCUUUUUAGAAUUUAGCAGCAUCCUACAAACUGAAUAAAUAAUUAAAUAAAACCUGAAAAUAAAACUUUUGCCUAUUGCAAUAUAGCUUUCUGUAAUAAA